AUGUUUUCGGUAGGGUUUGUUUGUGCAGCCAUCGGGUGUUUGUGUUUGGUAAUCGCCGACACGACGCCACGCCGUGAUGCACAAUACCCUCCGCCCGAGCUGCUCGAAGCCAUGAAGCCGAUUCACGACACUUGCGUGGCCAAGACGGGAGUAACGGAAGAGGCGAUCAAAAAGUUCAGCGACGAAGAGAUUCACGAAGAUGAAAAGCUCAAGUGCUACAUGAACUGCCUGUUCCACGAGGCCCAGGUGGUCGACGACAACGGCGACGUGCACCUGGAAAAGCUGCACGACAUGCUGCCGAACUCGAUGCACGACAUCGCGAUGCAUAUGGGAAAGCGGUGCCUCUAUCCGGAGGGUGAGACCCUCUGCGACAAGGCGUUCUGGCUGCACAAGUGCUGGAAGCAGUCCGACCCGAAGCAUUAUUUCCUAGUGUAA